CCCCAGACAAUAAUCCYAAAAAUGUUCCACAGUGUAAUUUGWGCAUUACAGUUUUUAUUAAUGAAAUUACGUAAUUCCCCACAUUUGAAAGGUCAAUGCCAAAUUACAGUUAAUUGCCGCUAAAUUACAUGCAAAUACAACCAAAACAACUGAUUUCCCAAAUUAUUUCUUUUAAUUGCAAACGUAUUGSAUAAAAUGGAGGAUGAAACAUUACCUGGGAGCUGCAACUUUCUAAAGGACCCAUUAUCAAUAAGCGAUCUCAUUGGUCCUGGCACAACAUUUGAGAUUAACACAAACUUUGAUGAGGGCUUCAGCAACGAUAUAUUCGAUGAAUUAAAUUUAGGUUCUGAUGAGGAAGACGAUGAAAAGUCGGCUGUAGAUCACUCAACACUGGUUUCGCCGUGGACAAAAACUUUUGAUGMACUGCGUAAACAAAUGGUGCAGAUAAAUGAACACAUUUAUAAGAAAAUUACACGGCCGGGAUUAGCAGAAAACGGUGAAGUGCCGUUAAAUGCACGUGUGUGUAUACGAUAUAAUGCCUACUGGGAAGGUGAAGGGGCACCUUUUGAUUCAUCAUUUUUACGUGGCUCCUCGUAUCAAUUCUAUACUGGACGAAAUGAAGUAAUCGAAGGAUUAGAGGAAGCAGUGCGCACCAUGUAUCGUGGCGAACAGGCACAAUUCGUAAUUUCACAUCAUUUGCUCUUCCGUGAAAUUGGUUGUCCGCCUCGCAUAAAACCAAGUGCCGAUGGACUCUUUAUUAUAGAAUUGGUUUCAUUCAAUGCCGUUGGUGAUUUAGAAGCAGAUAAAAACUUAACCGAUGAAGAAAGAGGCAAAUAUUCCUUAGUAAUUGAAAAAAUACGUGAAGUACAUCUCAAAGGUCUAGAUUUCUUCGGACAAGGCUUAUACAAAAAUGCUUUUCGCGCUUUUGAGAAAGCAGUAAGUUUACUGAACAGCUGUCAUUUGGCGAACGAGCAAGAGGAGAAAGAGCAAACAGCAUUUUUAUUGAAACUAUACACAAACUUAGCAGUUUGCUAUAAUAAAGUUAAUCUACCAACAAAGGCUUGCAUUAUGUGCAAAGAAAUACGACAGUUGACUAACAAUAAACCCUCGUGUAAAGCAUUAUUUCAAGAAGGACGUGCAUUGCUACUGCUGGGUGAGUAUGAACGCGCACGACAGAUACUUAUACGCUCCCAACGCAUGGAGCCGCAGAACGAAGAUAUCAGUCGGGAACUGAAAAUAUUGGAAGAACGUUAUGCAAAAUACAAAGAAAACGAGCGUAGCAUUUGGACGAAGGCAAUGGGUAUWAUAAAGAAGAAUGAAGUUGGCAAACAAAGUGAUGCUGGUAGCGCCGAGAUGCCCAGCAUCUUCGAACAAGAAAUGGCAGAACUAAUGAAAAGUUUCAAGAACAACAUGGAUUUGAAUAAUUUUAAUUUACCACCUGGCUUAACUAAAAGCGAAAUAAAAACUGUAGAUGAGCUGGCGCAGAGCAUGGAGCUAAAACUAACGCUUUCACCGCUAGACAAUGCAACCUAUACACUAAGCAAAGUGAAUAAAAAAUAAAUGCUUAAGCAGACUAAAACGACAACGCAAAUGACCCUUACCACUCAAACGGGGAUUAGAUAACCGUUAAAAUACCARCAACAACAACUAAAAAGUUUGAAUGAAAUUAUAGCAAAACUUCGAUAUAUUUUUGCACCAAAGAAAAAUAUGUAUAUAACAAUAUUAGUGCAUAAGGACAGAGUSCUGAAUUUAUUCGCUCAUUUCUUUUUUAUACAAAAGAAUAACUCGUAAAUACAAUAAAAAUUGGCAAAAUCUGUAAAGAAAAAUWACUUUUUAUUCACUAGUUUUAAAAACUGCUCAGCGACUACGAUAAAAAAUAUCAUAAGUUUGAAAAUCAGUAUUUAUGUAUAAGCUUACAAAUUAUAAAAAGCUUGAACUUUUAAAAAAUCGAUUAAUAAAUGCUGAACUAUGAAUAUUGCAUUGAAA